GCUCACUUCCACCUCCACCUCCACCAAGACAAAGACCAAGACAAGACCCCGGCUAAUCGUCCGGCGUAUGUGCCUACUAGCCCUAGACGGUUCCAUAUAGUAUACAUAAGUACAUACAUACACGCCCUCCUGCCCGUCGCUCCUCCAUGCCAUGCAGGCCCCCGCGCGACGAGGCCACGGGCGGGCGGCGUCGGGCCAUGAACGUCGUCAAGGCAUUGUCCGCCGCUCGACAAAGGGCCCGCUUGACGCCGAAGACGUGACCAUCGACGAGUAUGCCCUCUCCUGCGCCCAUUGCCGUGUGAAGAAGCUCCCACGACGACCUCGUGCUUACACGGCAAUACAGCCCCCUGGCCGCCCCUCCAACACGACCCGAUCCUGCCCCGCAGCCCGCUCUGCAGCAGCAGCAGCAGCAGCACAAUGUACCCCUGGCCCGCGCCAUUGACGACAUGCCCUCCAAGGACUUCAGCUUCAUGCAAGACCCCCAGGCCUAUCACGCCCUGCCUGUCACAAACGUCCCGCCGCCCUUCCUCAGCGCUCCCAACGCCCCUCCUGUCUCGUCGCCCAUAGACUCGCUCCUCUACUCGGGCCACUAUCGCCUUGCCGCCAUUGCUGCAGCCCGCAACCUUGUCUCCGCUGCCCCAGGCGACCACGAUACCCUCUUCCAUCUUGUCCAUGUGCGUCUAGCAUGUCUCUGUCUGCUGCAGGAGCAUGCCCUCGCUGCCCAGGAGUCCAAGGUCCUGGGUGAUUUGGCCAGUGCCUUCUACCGACACCCCCUCACAAAUGCUCAUCUUGUACCUUGGGAGCUGCGACUCUUGGUCGUCCGACUGGCUGCCCUGGGCUAUGGCGAGUGGCGCAAGGGCAUUAUGGGUUAUUACGAGCUUGCGCACGAAUGCAGAGAAAACAUCGUCAGGGGCCCAGAGUCUGAAAAGCAGCUAUGGAGGUCGCGAUUGCGAGACUGUGGUAUCCGUGUUGCAAAUGUCUUGGUGGAAAUGGGCGACCUCGAGGGAGCUGGCCGGCACCUAUCCACGCUGGCAGCCGACGAGGAGCAGACGAGAGAAAUCGCCCUCAUGGAGACGCUGGUCUGGUUGCGCGUGGGCCAUGUGCAGGCAGCCCGUCGCUGUCUGGCCCGAGCCUCGGAAGCUUCCCCAGAUGAGCUCAUCGACGGCACUCUCAGCGCUCUUAUCGAGCUUGCAAACUCUGAUUACCAGGCUGCCGUAACAUCGCUACAGGCUCUUCGGGAACAGUUCCCAGAUGACGCUAUGGCGGCCCAAAACCUGGCCGUGUGUCUGCUCUACACUGGACGUAUCUCGGAUGCAAAGAACAUACUGAACGACUUAGUUGACACCAGUCCUCCAUUCCAUUCCCUAAUCUUGAACCUUAGCACCGUCUUUGAGCUUUGUACAGAGCGGAAUCGCGACAAAAAACUGGCCCUGGCUGAAAAGCUCGCUAGUCGGAAAGAAGGCACUGGCUGUGUCGGCUGGGAACUCACCAACGCCGAGUUCAAAUUGUAGUAGUUUAGCGAGUGAUCUGGAUACCCCCAAAUAAAGCAUUAGAUCGAAUACAUCUUGAUAUCAAUCGUCGCCCUUCAGCAUAUGUCCUUGUUCUGCUAUUU